AUGUCGGGACACGGCCAGGGGCAGGAUGUGCAGACGCUCAAGAUGAAAGCGGCGAGGAAGCACGACAACGACUACGAGCGCCGCCGCUCGUCCACGCUGCGGCUGGAACCUCCUCAAUCGGACUCGCGCAAGGCCACGUCCUUCGUGCGUGCGCGCACCUCGGGCGUGAACCGCCUGCUCCGCUCCAACACGAGCAGCACGGGCGUCCUCUCCAACGGCAACAGCAACAGGAGCAGCAACAGGCACAAGAGCAAGAGCAAAAGUGCGCCGACCAGCAAAACCCCUCAUGAGGAAUACGACACUGCACUUGCCGAGCCGGUCAACGAGAGCGCCGUGGAACCUCCUCCGUCGCCGACUAAAUCGGGGUCGUGCACCUCGUCACCCCCAAUUAGUAAUGGACUCAACGGAGAAGUAGACGAGGACGGCCUCCCGCCCUACCAGGAGCAGAAGUGGACCCACGUGGUGCUCAAAAUGACGGCCUUCUCCGAGGAGGACGCCGUCACGAGCUUUCGCUUCGACACUGCCGGCGGAGGCAUCGGCCGCAGCGCCGACAAUGCCGCAAGCAUCCCGGCCGACAAGCUGCUUGCCGGUAAGGACCACGCGCGCGUGCUCUACAGUGGAGGGCGGUUCUACCUUGCGAACGGAGACAACUCCUGCGACACCUUCGUCCGACUCAGUCCGUGUGGAGCAGGAGCUGAAGAGGACGACCCCGAGGACAGGAUGCAGUGGCCGCUGGAGCCGCACGUGUCGUUCCGUGUCGGCAAGUCGGACUUUUUGGUGACGGCGUUCCACGAGCCGUCACAGACGCUGUCGGUGUCGGCGCUGAGCGGCAAAUUGGCCGGCUCGCAGUUCACUAUUGGGAGGGAGGGCGCGGGCAUCGGCCGCUCGGCGGAGAACAAGAUCCACACGGGGGACGGCGAGCUGUCCCGCAAGCACGCGGCCAUUUGGUUCGACGAGCUGACCAACCAGUUCUACCUGGUGGACCUGAAUUCUACCAACGGGACGUUCAUGAAGCUGGUGGGGAGCUACCAGGAGCCGUACCGACUGGAGAUCGGCGACGAUCUACUCGUGGCGCAGACGUGUCUAACCGUCAACCGCUUCGACUUCGGCGCGCACGCCGACAUGGGCGCGCGCAAGCACAUGGAGGACGCGCACACGAUCAUCCAGGACCUGUGUAUCGAGAGCUUGAGUCGGCUGGGCAUGCACCCGCAGUCGUACUUCGCAGUGUACGACGGCCACGGAGGAGAGGAGGCCUCGGCCUUCCUGGGGGACGUCCUACACCACAACAUCAUCGAGGAGUUCUACAUGAAGAAGGCGGAGCUCAAGACGCUGCUCGACACGUCGCAGGAGGAGCUGCAGUCCAUGAUCACCAAGCGGCUGACCGACGCCUUCGAGCGCACGGAUGAGGAGUUCCUGAACGAGUCGGAGAGACCGCAGGCCGGCAGUACGGCCACGACGGUGUUCGUUGCCGGCAAGUUCAUGUUCGUGUCGAAUGUCGGCGACUCCCGGACGGUGCUGAGUCGCGCCGGCAAGGCCGAGCGCUUGUCGAACGACCACAAGCCCAGCCGGCCGGACGAGGCCCAGCGAAUCCGCGAUACCGGUGGCUUUGUCAUUCACGGACGCAUUAUGGGCGAGCUCGCGGUCUCUCGUGCGUUCGGAGACGUGCCGUUCAAGACGUUCGACCUGCCGGAACCCCCCAAGGAGGAAGCCGACUCGGACAAGCCGCGCAGCGACUACGACUCGCAGGAGCUGCCGGUGAACCCGAACGACAUCCUCAAGGGCCCGCUGGUGAUCCCCACGCCCGAGAUCACGAUCACGGAGCUCACGAACGACUGCGAGUUCGUCAUGCUGGCCAGCGACGGACUGUACGACGUGCUCAAGGACCAGGAGGCGGUCGACUUUAUGCGCCAGAAGAUCGUGCAGCUCAAGGACGUCCAGCGCGCAGUGGAGGUGCGUCGUUUUGGGGAGGAUCUAUGGAUGGAAAUGUCGUGCUAA